AUAAUACAUUUCAAAAUAGCUUAUAUUAGCUAUGAUAAUUAAUUCUAUCAGUUACUUAAAACUAUGAAGUAGUAAAAAAAAUAAUUACAAAAUGAUAAGUUAGAAGAUGAAUAAUAUGAAAGGCUCAGAAAGCAUUUGCUUGAGAAAUCUAGCAGUAAAUUAUAUGCCUUAUGGACAAAUCCAAAGAAAAAUAAGGAAUGUAAGCAAAUUUAAGCUAACACAAAAUGUUUUUGCGAUCAUGAUUAUAAAAAUCACGAAUAUUUGAAUCCUUAAGAUAAGAGUAAAGUACACUGCAAAGUUAAAAAUUGUCCUUGCAGAAAUUAUUCUUAUGUUCCAUCUCAAGGAAAUUUAGAUUUUAAAUGUAAUUGCAAACACAGUCAUAAGCUCCAUGACCCUAUUUCUAGAAGAUGUACUUUUUUGAAUUGCGGAGCUUGCAAUAGAGGAUUCCAAACAAAUUAUAUUUGCCCAUAAUGCAAUGCAGCUUUCUCUGAGCAUAUUAUUGUAUUCGAAAGUAGAAAGGAAAGACAAUAGCAAGGAAAAAAAAUAAAUGAUAAUGAAGACACUUUUAGUUAUGAAUAGUUUAACUUAGAAUAUAAAAGUUAAGAUGGUAACAAAAAUAGUCAAGGAAAUUAAGGCUAAUCUAGUACAGAUGAUUUUAUAAAAAUAGAAGAAAAUAUUCAACCUGGAAAUAGUAAUUUAUACAUAAAUUCUGACGAACCAAUAAAUGAUGCAGAAAUUGAGAGGAGGAAAGCUCUACCAAAAUAGUUACAUAUGUAUAAUGAAAAAGGUUAAUAUGUUAAGUCAGGAUUAGCACCAAAUGAUAUCAUAAACAAUGAGGAUACAGAUAGAAGUGAUAAAAUAAAGAUUAAAAAAGAUUGGAACAUUAACACAAUUACAAUUGAAGAAAAUGGUUAACAGAUAAAUGUUAAAAAAUAAUUUGAUUAAUAAAUGUAAGAUGAAUAAAAUAGCAAGCUAUCUUAUUUAAAAAGAGAAAAACAAGAAGAAUAGUUAAAAAUCUAGAAGAAAAAAAAUAUAUUAAAAUAACUCAAUUACCAAAUCAAAGAAGAAAGGAAGGUCUUUGAAUAAAAGUAUGGAUAUAAGCCAACAGAUGAUGAAAACGAGAUAAGAGAAGCUUUACAAGAUAAUUUUAUUGAAGAAGAUGAAGAUAUUAUAGGGGGGACAAGUGCAUUUUAUUUAUUCCAUCUACCUAAUAAAUAUGGUUUGGAAAUAAAAAAAAAUAGACUUCACUAAGAUAUUCUUGACAGGUUAGUAGAAGAAUAUUGA